UUAAUCUUCUCGAGAUGCAAAAUCACCGCGAAUCACUACUGGGCUCCGUACCAAGCGCCACUGGGCCCGUCCGCCAGCUAUAUCACCAUCCUGGGGAUCGAGAGUCCGUGCGGGAAGGGGCCGCCCAGGGACAGUUUGAUGAGCUCCGGUCACUGGCCUAUAAUCGAACCUGGUACAUCACCGACAGAUAUUGCGGCAUUGGAGAUGGAGUGGAUUCAAUUGACGACAAAUUACAUGACUUGUGGCAUAUAUACUUUGAGAUGAGUAGACAUAUACCGCACGAAAGUUCUGACCAGGAUCGAUUGGUGCUGGGGAUCCUCCGCAUCCAGGGACGAGGGCCGCUGUCAAGACGGUCACCAGGGCUGUAUGGCAUUGAUAUUGCAAGGACAACAGACGGAACGCUAUGGAAUGACCUGCCCUUUUUGGUCACGGAUAUGACCGACUACUGCAUCAACAACUUCGCGCAGAUGGGGGGAACCCAGCGUCUCAACUUUGCAUACUUCCUUGCAAAGCUGGCAUCAACACGAAUAAGCAAGGACAGGCUUUGCCAAAUCGCCCUAUUCAUAUUCCGCAAUACAUUUGAGGAAGGGCAAUGCCUCAGCACCCCGGAUGAUCCCGACGAUGAAAAGCCAACGCGGAGUAUCACUGCACUUUCCAUUGCAAGCUUGCUACCAGCCGCCUGUGCGUGGAUCGAGGAGGCGGCGACUAAUCUCAUCCUGCUCUCUGAAGUUUCAUGGAAUGAUUGCCCUAGCACUAUUGGUUGGGGUGGCCCGCUUUUCAUUCAGUCAGAGCUAGGGCAACGAUCACCGACUGGAUUCACACCUUGGAGAUGGAUGUACUGGCUCAAGCGAUUGCAUGAAAUCCAGGAGGACGCAGCCCAGGCUGGCGAGAAACGCAUUGAAGAUGAUGCCGCAAAAGCUAUUAGGAUCAUGGUAUACCUUGUGGAGGAACGGGGCUCUGAAAUUCUGAGAGCAUAUGAAGCCGGGGGGGCUGGAUUGCAUCAGGAUAAACAUCUAUUAUGCCUAAAGACUGUGUUGGAGAGCCCCAGCCUGCGGCAACAUAGAAAUAGGGAUUAAAUCAAGUAUCUACUUUCUUGGUUCUAAUUCUCCUAGUUUCAACCACUCGCAAUUGGAUGCUCGCUCCUAGAUGAGCAGUUUUUGGAUAAAUCGCAG